AUGGUGGACGUCCGGUCCAAGAACCUCUAUGAGCUUCUUGGCAAUGACCCCGAGCUCGACCCCAACAGACCCCCUGCGCCCCCCGCCAAGGCCGUCGACCGUCCCGCUCCCCGCGUUGGCAAGCGUGAUGCUCCCCAGGAGGCUCCCUCUACCCAGCCCCGUGAGAACAAUGGCCGUCGUGGUGGCCGUGUGACCGGCGGCAAUGACGCCGCUUUCCGUGACCGCAACGCUGGUCGCACCAACAACCGCCAGAAGCCCACCGAUGAGGCCGAGCAGCCCGCGCGCCCCCGCGGCAACCGCGGCCGUGGCGACCGCCAGUCUCGCACUGGCCAGACUGACACUCGCAAGCAGGUCCAGCAAGGCUGGGGCGGCGAGUCUGGCGAGAAGACCUGGGACGACGAGCGUGUCGGUGAGACCAUCGCCAAGGCCGAUGAGAACGAGCCCCAGACUCCCGCCGAGGAGGCCGAGGAGGCCGACAAGUCCAAGUCCUACACUGACUACCUGGCUGAGAAGGCUGCCAGGGAUAGCUUGGCUGCCAAGCCCGUCCGUGCCGCCAACGAGGGCACCAAGGCCGACAAGAAGUGGGCUGCCGCUAAGGAGCUGAAGCACGAGGAGGCCGACAGCUACAUCCAGGGCACCUCCGAGAAGACCAAGCGCGAGAAGCAGCGCAAGGAGAAGAACUUCCUCGAUGUGGACAUGCGCUUCGUCGAGCAGCCCCGCACCGGCCCCUCCAGCGAGGGCCGUGGUGGUCGUGGUGGCCGUGGUGGCCGCGGCGGUGACCGUGGUGACCGUGGUGACCGUGCCCCUCGCGGUGGUGACCGUGCCCCUCGUGGUGGUGACCGUCCCCCUCGUGGUGGUGACCGUGCCCCCCGUGGUGACCGUCCUGCCCGCGGUGCUCCCCGUGGUGCCGCCGCCGCUGCUGCUCCUCGCGGCGGCCGUGGUGGUGCCCGCGCCCCCACCGGCCCUACCGUCGACGAGAAGAACUUCCCCAGCCUCGGCGGUAACUAA